GGUUCUGCAGUGCUCCAGGCAGCGAGUUUUGAAGCAGGAUGGGAAAAAGACGCUGUGUUCCUCCACUUGAGCCCAAGCUGGCAGCUGGCUGUUGUGGGGUGAAGAAGCCCAAAUUGUCUGGGAGUGGAACGCACAGUCAUGGGAAUCAGACCACAACUGUACCAAGCUCCAGUUCAGGUCCUCUUCAGAACCACCAGCAUACAGAUGGGAAUAAUGGAAGGGAGAACGUAUCUGACUUGACUUUGGGCCCAGGAAAUUCCCCGAUUACUCGAAUGAAUCCCACUUCAGGAGCUCUGAGCCCACUUACUCGGCCCAAUGGAACUGCCAACAGCACCAAGAACCUGGUGGUGACAGCAGAGAUGUGCUGCUAUUGCUUUGAUGUACUCUACUGUCAUCUCUACGGGUUCCCUCAGCCACGGCUUCCUCGAUUUACCAAUGACCCCUAUCCACUCUUUGUGACGUGGAAGACGGGGCGAGACAAGCGGCUUCGUGGCUGCAUUGGGACCUUUUCAGCCAUGAAUCUUCACUCAGGACUCAGGGAAUACACAUUAACCAGUGCACUUAAGGACAGCCGAUUUCCCCCCCUGACCCGCGAGGAGCUGCCCAAACUCUUCUGCUCUGUCUCCCUCCUCACUAACUUUGAGGAUGCCAGUGACUACCUGGACUGGGAGGUUGGAAUCCAUGGGAUCAGAAUAGAGUUCAUCAAUGAGAAAGGUGUCAAACGCACAGCCACGUAUUUACCUGAGGUUGCUAAGGAACAAGACUGGGAUCAGAUCCAGACCAUAGACUCCUUACUCAGGAAAGGUGGCUUUAAGGCUCCCAUUACCAAUGAUUUUAGGAAAACAAUUAAACUUACCAGGUACCGCAGUGAGAAGGUGACAAUCAGUUAUGCAGAGUACAUGGCCUCCCGCCAGCAUUGUUUCCAGAAUGGCACCCUUCAUGCCCCCCCCCUCUACAAUCAUUACUCCUGACACACGGCUGCAUGACCAGUCCCACUCCCCAGUUGCUGCCAAUGGCUAUGACAUCAUCGGGGCAGACGCCUCCUCUUCCUGGUCCAGUUACUUCUAUUACUGCACCAUUUUAUGAUGCUAGCUUCCGUUGCCAAGUCUGCCUUCCCACUGACCUGGGGGGAGGAUGAGAGCGUGACAGGACUUCAGGGGCCCAAGCCUUAUCUCAGCCUUGCCUCCGAGCGGGGGUUCAGUUGGAUUGGGGCUCCAUGCCUACGAACUGUCGUGAGGUGCAGAAGACCUUUAGGAGUGAAAGUGCUGCUUCGGACUGAUCCGUUCCUGGGUGUUGCUGACACUCUGGAAACUUGAGUUGUUUGUUAUGGAAGCCCCCCAGAUCAAGUAGGAGCAUUCCCCUGGCAGCCUGGGCAACGGAGUCCAAAAAAACAUUUUUUAGGUUCUUUUUAAUUUUUUUUAACCUCUGGUAUCUGUUGUGUACUGAGAGCUGACUGCAGUCCCCACGCAUCACAGGUGGACAUCAUGAUAUUGGGGAGGGUUGAACACCUGGAUAGCACCCCAUCCUCAUGGACAGAAAACAUGUGAAAAAUUAAUCCAUUAUUUAAAUAAACCCUUGAGGGCUUUAAGGCUCAGAUCCUUGGUAGGCUGGAUUCUUGGUGAUAAAGCCUGCUAUGAAAUACAAUGCUGUUUUGUCUGUAUGAGUGACAUGGCGCAUGCUGUGUGCACAGAGGAAGAGAUCCUCGAGUGCCCCUGGACAGUCUUUGUUACGACCAAAUUUUGUUUCCAAAUAUUUGUAAAGGAUAAGAUUAGGGCUGGGAAGGGGUUUCCAGAGCAUCAACUGUAGUUGUACAAGUGAGACCAGUGACUGAAAUUUGUUUCAGUUUAAGCUCACAGACUUGGGGACCUUCCUUUUGAUAGAACAGCCACUUUCGCCGGUAUGACUACUGAUCUUAGGGGCUGCGAGUGUUCCAGUUUGUUCCAGGCCUAUGGAAUGGUACUGUUCAGUUUUGCUGGCAAGAUUUAUCUUGCUCAGCUUAGUCAUUGCCACAUCCAGGCAGUGAGGGGGGAAAUCUGCAUUACCCAAACUGCAUGGAACUCAUGUGCAUUCUGUAUUUCUUCUCCCAUGGCUGAUGAUGCACAAGGAAUACUCUUUUCUGAAAAGAAGUUAUCAGUUGUUAUUCUACAGCAGCAUUGAGGCAUGUCAUAAACUCUGAAUUAUGACACUCUUUCAAUGAGAUAACUGGACUUCAGAAUCCAAUUGGGGUGGGGUUGGUUGGUUUUCCAAGCUUCUGGAGGGUCAGUAAUGAUUGGGGAAGAAAACACAAGUGCAUAGCAGAGUCAGGGCUGUUUGGUUGCACACAUCCUUAGAGCUGCUUGUGUGUUGUAAUUGGCUGGUGUCUGAAGCCUGAAAUGACGCCGUGGUAUGGCAGGGAAUAGGGCUGGUAGGAAGCUGAGAACUGCAGGGUGCUGCUCCUAGUCCUAGGAAAGCGAAGCACAACUUGUGCCAUUUUGCUUCAUGUUGGUGUAAGUUCUGCUGGAGGAGAGAGAUGUGAGGGAGAUUCCUCUGGAUAAAGGUGCAAUAUUGACCCAGCUUUCCUUCUGUAUUGGGUCAUUCCUACAAAUUGCCACUUUUCCCUUGUGAUGUUGUUGAAAAGCAAUUGAAGAUGACAGGAUUGUUUUGUAACUUCCUGCUGCAGAGAAUAAAUGAGUCUCAUUACAAACCAUUCCCUAGGUGCCGUGUAGUGAUGGGGGAGGGUGGGGUCAGCUCCAGGCAUACCACUCACCUUUCAGCUGUCAAACAGUAUGAUACAUAGGGCUACACUCAUUACUGUUCAAGUGUUCUAUGUUAGAAUUUAAUUUCUAAAAGGUUUAAAAAAGGCAAAAAAAUGGUGCUAAAACUUCACCCCUGAGCACGCUCGGUGAGACUGGUCAUGCAGGCAUACAGUGCCAGGCUUUUCAACUAUACUGUUUCUUUUUCAGGUGUUUGCCCUGUUCUGUGUCUUCAACAGUGUAUAGUGUUUUCCUGAUUUCAGUUUCUUUGACUAGGGGAUGACUAAAGGGUGGGGUGGGGAGGGUUAGUUGUCAUUUUUUUAAAGAACAGAAUUUUAGGAUUGAGUAACUUGGUUGGUUUAAGCCUGAAGUGGGACAGAUGGUUUGGGACUGGGGAAGUCUUAUCCUCUCCCACUUCUAUUUCCCCACUCAGUCUGUUCAAAAAAAAAAAAAAA